AUGCCUCAACAAGUACAUCAUUCGACAACCGGCGAUGGAACAAACCAAGAAUUGCCUGUCGCAAUUCACCCAGACGAUGCCAGAGACAAAGUGUUCACUGCUAUCCUAAUGGCUCUAUCAAAAAUGGGGAACAAACCGAGCUCACCAAAAGAACUUGCCAAUGUAAUCAUUCAACAUGAGUAUGCAACACUUGGAGGCGCAACACCCUUUGCCACAGUAUCCUCUCGCAUCUCGCAGCACUUCAAGCGGGCCGCCAAACACAACCCUCCACGAGCCCCGCUUUUGGCAAAGCAUGUGGAUCAAAACCACUCUCGCAAGAUCAACUACUCUCUUGCUAAAGAAGCAGUCUCCACACAUUCCUUGACACGGCGGAUAUCAACCCACGACAUUGGACAAGAAAUAAAGCAACAGACAACCUUUCCCCGAAAACGUACCACCGCAAUAGACAUACCUACCUCUGACUCCGAGGCCGAUACCCAGCUCCAGAAGCGUCCCCGUUUAAACACAGUCGAUCCCAUUAGUACCUUACCGGAAGAUGAGAGUGAAGGCGAGAUGUCAGAUUACCACGAAGACAUGCUCCAAGGAGACGAUAAUCCUAAUACACCAAAUACAAUCCAAAUUCCUCCAGCCCCACCAUCAUCGCCCCUUCACCCAUGGCCACCAAAACGCACAAAUCACACUGGAGAAUAUGAUUUUUGGGCCCCACACAGCUUUGACCACGAUCUAGACACAAUUUUCCUUUCAAAUAGCACAACUCCAUCCUCAUGUUCCGAUUCACUCGACAUCGACACCCCAGAAUCCACAUCCAUGUCCGAACUCGAUACUUACUUUCAUACAACAAAAAAGGCUUCUCGCCACCACACAUUACGUUCACGGAAUAACACCAAAAAUAAUCAUCAUAAUAAUCAUAAUCAUAAUAAUAGCAGUAAUAAUAAUACCAAUAACCUUCCACUCUCACUACCAAAGAAAGUCUUGCUUGCCAACGCAAAUCGCUCGCUUUCUGGGGAAAGAGAUCCAGCCGGACUACGGCGGAAGUCUUGGCCGGAACAGAGUACAUGUGAAAUGCCUUGGGACAGACCACUAAAAGAAAUUAUUGAUCGUCCAUGGACGAUCUCCCAAAAGACGCUUGGAUCACUUGUUUGCGACGAGCUUGCUUUUAAUGACAACAUGUUUUCUACAGUUCUCAAGUUUCGUAGACUAACCGAUCGGCAAGGUGCAAAAGAUCACGGGGAUCUUGCUUGCGUGUUUCUUGAAGAGGGACAUGUCAAUGCAACCCAAUUAGACAAACUUAUAUACCAGCUCCUGCACCACCAUGUACUUGACAUUUCAGAAACAGAAAAAACCGGUGUCGUUCAAAUCACAAAAGGACCUCUUGCCACUCGUGGUGUCUGGGUUCCCUUAAAACAAGCACGCGAAUGGCUCAAAGAAAAUGAUUUGGAAAAGAUGACCGGACUUGUACAUAUUCUUAGCAAUGAUAAUGGUCACACAGAGGAAGAGGAAGAAGAGGAAGAAGAGGAAGAAGAGGAAGAAGAGGGGGAGAAAGAAAGUAGUAGUAAUAAUAAUAAAGAAAAAGAUAGGCUAAAUGUGCCUCUGAAAACACAAAGUCCAUAUAAUUCUUCAGACGAAAUAUCAGACUAUACUGAGGACACCUUUGUCAACUAUGGAGAAGAUGAAGUAAAGAUGGAAAUCAAGUCAGAGAGUAUUAUCGUGCCGUCUGUGGCGCCGACUACUCCUGUAAGAAAUGCACCUAUGAACAAAGCUGAACUUCCUUCCAUUGUACCUGCAACUAGUUCUGUAGACUCUGUAGGCAUUCCUUUAAACACCACUGGUGGUGCUCCGACUGUUGAUUUGUCAAGUGCACAAUCAAUUGCAGAUAUCCUAAAAAGAAUGAAUGUGCGGUCGUGUAAUCUGACGGCAUUGCACCAGAUGACUGCAGCAAUUACUGGCCUUGUUCACCUUUCACCUAACAUAGACCUGACCCGCAUAAUAUCUGCCUGUAUGCAGCUGGCUGCCAAAAACGCUGCAGGACCUUCGCAGCCUACCCCAAAAAGUUCGGUGCAGCAGACAACUGUAGCACCUGACAAAGAGAUAGAAGAAAACGACCCAAAAAUAGUGUAUGCCAUCAAGCCAUCUUCGACACCAAUGUAUAUUACUGUACUAGAUAGUACGCCCGUGUGUGUAGCAGUGUUUGAAAAAACAGACAGUACACCUGAGCACCGGAUUCUCCGCAGACUCGAUUCAGGAACCGUGCAUGGAACGAGCCUUUUGACAGCCGGCGGAAUUGAGACAGAGCGGGAAAGAAGCAUGAUCCUGAGCUUUGAAAUGAAUCGGAUCCGGGUGGCAAACAAAGCGAGUGCGUUGUAUGGCACCUGGAUCCCCCUGAGGCGUGCACAGGAGCUGGCUGCAACUUGCUCAAUACAGGAUAGGCUGGGACCUUUUUUGACCGAACAGAUGUUUGAGUAUUUCCCUUCGCCUCUGCCGAUCGAUCUUCCAGCCCCACGACCACGCCGGAUUGUUGGAACAGAGCUUUCGUUGCCAACUAACAAGAAGCGAGAGUUCUUUAUGCCAUUGUCUGCGUCAAAGGCAGCCCAACUUCACCAGCUGAUGCUAGUACCUCAAACUGUCGGUGGAUCUUUUGCUUCCAAACCUCCUGUCCUGGGAUCCUUUGAAGGAGAUGAAGACCCUCUGCCGAGGCCUUGUUGUGUAGUGUCAUCGUCAAGUCAAGACAGCAGUAAAGAAAAAGGCAAAAGAAGGGCGGACCAGGACAUUCAGGAAAUUCAGGACAGUCAGGACAGCCAGGGCGGCCAGGGCAACCAUAGAUGGAAUAUGCUAGAUCCUUUGCGCAAGGAAGAGACGGACGAUGAUACAGACACAGACACAGAUGUUGUUGAAGUAAGGGCUCGUCUUUGGCGCGUUCGAGAGGCAGCUAUGAACCAGAUGGAUAACGAUAUAGACAUGCCUGUUGACCCGAAUAAUCAUCAAAAGAGUCGCCUUGAGCGGUUUCUUGAGCAUGUUGACACGGUUAACAAGGAAUCUUCUGUACGCCCAGUGGCGGCGCAUGGACGUAGACGACCUUCUGGAGGAAAAUGGUCUGCCAACAGACCGUCAAAUGAGACAAAAAUUGUGUCCUCUGCUAUCAAGAAGGCUGCCUCUUGGAAUGGGGCCCUUUCCACUGGGCGACAUCCUAAUAGCUCUAUACGAAAGAAAGCUAGUCCGCGGAAAAGUAAAGAAGAAAAGCAGGAUGAAAAGAAUAUUCACAAGGUGGUCGAACAUGCUCCGUCUUCCAAAGGAGAGACUACCUUGCCUCUGUGCACUGUGGUAGAAGAAGACGAAGACGAGGAGAUUGAUAUUGGGGGUAGUGACAGAGACGAUGAUUUACGUUGA